AUGGCUGUAACUGCCUUUCCUUCCACGGGGGAUUCCCCAGAUCUCACCCUCCUCAAUACCGCUCGUCUCUUCACCCGCCUCGAGCAUAAUCUUCUAUCUCCAGGCUCCGAACUCCGCACAUUGCACGGGUCCGAGUUCCAGCGCAUGCGAAUCACAAAGAAUGUCGACUACGCACGCACCCUCCUCUCGCAGCUGGAGCGUUCCCUUUCACAACUAAAGUCUCCGGAACACCGACAUGAAGCACAAGCCGAGAUAGCACGCGACAGAAAUCUCCUCAAGCGAAUGCAAAUCGUCCUAGACGAGGAGAGUUCACGAACCGAGGAAAAUGAUAUCGAUACCGAAAGCGGGGAAUGGGACGAUCUAUUCAGCAAGCCAGUCACAAUGGAGAAAGUCACACCAUCAACAAAGGGAUCGCAAACUCAGUCCCUAGAAGAGAAGCGGGAUAUCACUACCACAAAACCCGCGACAGUAACAUCCGUACCUGCAUCUGUACCUGCAUCCGCACCCACAACGACAGUAUCCCCUACAUCAACCUUACCACCAACCUCAACCCCAACCUCCACACUCCGAAACAGAUCCACAGCGAAUCAAUCUCCAGAGUCAAAUAAUACCAGCACGGCCAAAGCAUCAGGAAGCAAUGCAAAUCCCAACUCCAAACUCAACACAACCGAACAAGCACUUAGCUCCCACAGACUCGAACAAGAGGAUCUUACUAGCUCGCUCUUGUCGCUUGCUGGUCAACUUAAGGCCUCGUCACAGUCUUUCCAGGCAACGCUGGAAAAUGAACAGUCGGUGCUUGAUCGUGCUGUGACGGGGAUGGAUAAAACCACGGCGACGAUGGAGGCGGCUGGGAAGCGGAUGGGUAUGAUAAGGAAGAUGUCUGAGGGCAAGGGGUGGUGGGGGAGAAUGAUGUUAUAUGCUUGGAUCUUUGGGUUGUGGAUUGUUGCGAUUUUGAUUGUUUAUGUGGGACCUAAAUUGAGGUUCUAA